CGAAACCCAAGCACUAGUAGCCAUGGAGCUCGUCUCAUACAUUGCCAUGUGCCUCUCGUUGGCCUUUCUCCUCCCUUCCCACGUCGCAGCGACGUCGCCAACCGGCAUGAUAGAGCGGGAAACCAAGCAGCAGAUUCUUGCGAGCAUCCCGCCGCACUGGGAGGAGAACCCCGUGUUGUUCCUGACAUCGCCGUCCGGCAAGUACGCCGCCUACUUCAUGCGCAGCCAGACCGUGCCGGGCGCAGGCGGCCUCGGAGCAGACUUCUGCUACGUUGAGGUUCUCGACACCACGGCGCCCGGCGCGGAGGGCCGGAGCGUGUGGGAGUCGGAGUGCUUGGCCGUGAGCACCGUGAACACGUGCGCGCUCGUGUUCUCGUGGGAAGGGCUGGAGGUGUUCGACGGGAGCAACUCGGUGUGGCACACGCACGACACGGAGUCAGUCGACAACAACUUCCUCAAAACCCUGCAGCUGGUUGACGAGGGUGACAUGCGCAUCCUCGACAAGGGCGGCGAGCUUGCGUGGAAGGCCAGCGACGAGCCGCGCGCCGCGCAACACUGCGGCAUGCCCGGUUCGCCUGGCUUGGCACCGGCAAUGCCGCCAUUCGCUGAUCCGAUCGGAAAGGGGAGCAGCAACCUCCCAUUCGGACAAGACGAAGGAGGCAACGGCAACGGCAACAGCUACGGUUCCGCCGGAGGAGUUGCACAACCCGAGCUGCCGUUGGCGCCGCUGCCGCAAGCCGCGGGGUUGGGUGGCGUUGAUGGACAGGGGCAAGCUGUGGAGAGCGAGGGGGAGACUGUGGGCUUCGGUAGCCAGCCGUUGGUGGACAAUAGCCCAUACGACAGCGGUUCACCGGAGCGUCACUGGGCUGGCAUUGCUAAUUUGGGUCUCGGCCUUGCCAUUGCCAUUGCCAUGGGCCUGGGUCUCUGAAUUUGGUACCCGUGGCCUCUUCCAUUUCUCUCACGGGGAUGGAUACUGGUGCCUCUUCGAUUUGUUAUUUAACUUGGUAGUAUAUCUAUUCUGGCGCAAUAAGCCAGGGGAUGUGUGAUUUUUAUUUUUUGAGUGGAGGAUGUGUGUGGUUUGGAGUUAUGCUUUUCAUGAUUCUGAUUGUAUUUGUAUUUAAUAUUAAAAAAUGAUCACUGUUAUUUA